AUGUCGUGGAAACUCACAAAGAAGCUGAAGGAAACGCAUCUAGCGCCCCUAGCUAAUUCUUUUGGUCGCUCAUCGUCGACAUCGACCAUCAAGGGCGAACCUGCCGAAGAGACCCCGGUACCAUCGCCACGACCAAGUAUAGCAUCACAAGUCUCCAAUGGAAUCGCCGACUCCGAGGCUUUGGUCUCACCCCCGGUUGCUCUGGUCAAGCCCGGUAUAUUGAUUGUGACUCUUCACGAAGGACAGGGAUUUUCGCUAUCCCCCCAUUACCAACAAAUAAUCAAUUCUCAUUAUCAGAAUCCCAACGCUCCAAUCCGCCCGAAUUCCUCCUCCUCACACUCCGUGCAGACAGGGUCUUACACACAACCCGCUCGCCCUCAGUCUACCAGCAGUGGCAUCAACGCUGCGCCUACAAUUCACGGUCGCUACCUGACCAAAUAUCUACCAUAUGCGCUUCUCGAUUUUGAUAAGAACCAGGUCUUCGUCGAUGCCGUGUCUGGUACUCCCGAAAACCCCUUGUGGGCAGGCGAUAACACCGCCUUCAAGUUCGAUGUCUCGCGACAAACCGAAUUGAGUAUACAGAUAUAUCUCCGCAACCCAGCUGCUCGGCCAGGAGUAGGACGUAGUGAAGAUAUAUUUCUCGGGGCUACAAAGACGCAGCCGCGUUUACAAGAAACUACGACUUAUGUGGAAAACCCCAAACUGAGCAAAAAGGAUAACCAAAAAGCGGCGGCUGAACAAGAGAAGAACGUGGGUCAACUAGGAGCUGAAUGGCUAGAUCUGCAAUUCGGCACCGGUUCGAUCAAGAUUGGUCUUUCUUUUGUGGAAAAUAGGGUUCAUAGCAUGAAGCUGGAAGACUUUGAGCUUCUAAAAGUUGUUGGCAGGGGAUCAUUUGGUAAAGUUAUGCAAGUGAGGAAAAAGGAUACUAAGCGUAUCUAUGCUCUCAAGACGCUCCGCAAAGCACACAUCAUCUCCAGAUCUGAAGUUGCACACACUCUCGCCGAGCGAUCGGUGCUGGCCCAGAUCAACAAUCCAUUUAUUGUCCCAUUGAAGUUCUCCUUCCAAUCCCCCGAGAAGUUGUAUCUUGUCCUCGCAUUUGUGAAUGGUGGUGAAUUGUUCCAUCACCUACAACGUGAGCAACGCUUCGAUAUAAACCGAGCUCGAUUCUAUACUGCGGAGUUGCUGUGUGCGCUUGAAUGUUUGCACGGGUUCAAGGUAAUUUAUCGUGAUUUGAAACCGGAGAAUAUUCUUUUGGAUUACACAGGCCAUAUUGCAUUGUGUGAUUUCGGACUGUGCAAACUUGAUAUGAAGGAUGAAGAUCGCACAAACACCUUUUGCGGUACACCCGAAUAUCUUGCCCCAGAACUGCUGUUAGGAAAUGGAUAUACAAAGAGCGUGGACUUUUGGACUCUCGGAGUUCUACUUUAUGAGAUGUUGACUGGUCUGCCACCAUUCUACGACGAAAACACGAAUGAAAUGUACAAGAAGAUUGUCCAAGAACCAUUGACAUUCCCAAGCCACGAUAUCGUACCCGCCGCAGCUCGCGAUCUCUUAACCCGCCUUCUCGACCGCGACCCUCAACGCCGUCUAGGCGCCAACGGAGCCGCAGAAAUCAAGGCACACCAUUUCUUCUCAAACAUUGACUGGCGCAAACUUCUACAAAGGAAGUAUGAGCCUACUUUCAAACCUAGUGUGAUCGACGCCUUAGAUACGGAGAAUUUUGAUCCUGAGUUCACAGGCGAAAUGCCAGUAGAUUCAGUCGUCGAGGGUAACGCCCUCUCUCAGACCAUGCAAGACCAAUUCGCAGGUUGGUCUUAUAACCGACCCGUCGCAGGAUUUGGUGACGCCGGAGGCAGUGUCAGAGACCCAUCCUUUGCCAGCAUUCCGGAGUAA